CCGAAAGAAAACAGAAUCUCACAAACUACCAAAGCGGACAAUAAAUACAAACCCUUGAAUCGAAAAAACGGGAAUUACCGAAUCAAAACCUCAGAAGAAAAUGACGACGCAACUUGCGACUCGCACAGCCGACGCGGAGAUCUACAACGGCGACGCUAUCUGCAAGCAAAAGUCUCAAGAACUUCUUGAUCAAUUCUUCCUUCCCCGCGGCCUUCUCCCUUUAGACGACAUCCUUGAGGUCGGCUACAAUCGAACCUCCGGUUUCAUUUGGCUCAAGCAGCAGAAGAAAAAAGAGCACCGGUUCCCCGCCAUUGGACGCACUGUCUUGUACGACACUGAGGUUACUGCCUUCAUCGAGGAGCGCCGCUUCCGCCGUCUCACUGGAGUUAAGAGCAAGGAGUUUUUCUUUUGGAUUACCGUUUCUGAUAUUUAUAUUGACGAACAGAACACGAGUAAGAUCACCUUCGGUACUUCGACUGGAAUUGCCAAGUCCUUCCCGGUCUCUGCGUUUCUGAUUGAAGAAGAAACUGAUCGGAAGAAGUGAUUGAACAAAAGGAUCGGUGAGUUCUUCGUAAUUCUGAGUCAAUUCGGGUAUGGAUACAUUCAACAUGAAUAAUUUGAUGAUGUAUGAUGAAUAGAGAAUAAACUGACUUAAAACUAGGGCAUAAUUAUCCUGCUUAUUGUAGUUCAAACAAUCUGAAUUCGGUUGGAGGAAAAUGAAAUUACAGAUGUCUUCGUUAUAGAAGUAGAAAUUACUCUCCGACUUUGGGUCUGAAUUAAAUCUCAAUUGUAAACUCCAUGUACUUUGUUGUGAAAUAUACCAUUGUUAAUCGAUUUACCUAA